AUGUCUGCGUUGAUCAAAGAGACGUUUGGCCGGUGCAAGAAAGAAGGCAGAAACGCCCUUGUGAACUUCAUCACUGCGGGAUAUCCUACGAUUGAGGACACAUUACCCAUUCUCAAAGGCAUGCAGGAUGCCGGCGUCGACAUUAUAGAGAUAGGUAUCCCCUUUUCGGACCCCAUUGCCGAUGGACCCACGAUUCAGACAGCCAACAUCAAGGCGUUGGAGAAUGGAAUCACGGUGAAAAAGUGUUUGCAGCUCGUGGAGCAGGCUCGUGGUGGAGGGGUCACCGUUCCAUUGAUCCUAAUGGGCUACUAUAACCCUAUUAUGAAGUAUGGCGAGAGCCGGUUCUUGGAGGAUGCCGAAAAGGCCGGCGCGAACGGGUUCAUUAUUGUCGAUUUGCCCCCUGAGGAAGCAGUCAAGUUCAGAGCGGCAUGCGCCAAGCACGGGUUGUCGUACGUUCCCUUGGUGGCACCAGCCACCACUGACGAGAGAUUGAAGGUGUUGGGCCAGAUUGCCGACUCGUUCAUCUAUGUCGUUUCCAAAAUGGGCACCACGGGUGCCUCAAGUAAAGUUUCUUCCGGUAUUGAAGAGUUGUGUGCACGUGUAAGGAAGUUUGCCGGCGAGGAGACGCCACUUGCCGUUGGAUUCGGUGUUUCCACGAGAGACCAUUUCUUGGAAGUGGGCAAAGUCGCCGAUGGGGUCGUUAUUGGAUCCAAGAUUGUCACCUUGAUUGGCGAAUCUGCUCCUGGCGAGAGGGGCAAGACUGCUUACGAAUACGUGAGGUCGAUAUUGGGCGAUGAAUACAAGAGCAACGCGCCUACUUCUUUCAACAGAGGCGACUCAAGUAACCAGCACAAGGAGUCAAAGCCAAUCUUGGAGGAGUCGCACAAGUAUAACCCACGUUUCGGCGACUUUGGAGGCCAGUACGUUCCAGAGGCAUUGCACUCGUGUCUAGCCGAGUUGGAAAAAGGGUUUGAAGACGCGGUGGCCGACCCUGAGUUCUGGAAGGAGUUUAGAAGCUUGUACUCGUACAUUGGCAGACCUUCGUCCUUGCACAAGGCCGAACGGUUAUCUGAACACGCCGGCGGGGCAACAAUCUGGUUAAAGAGAGAAGACCUCAACCAUACUGGAUCACACAAGAUAAAUAACGCCCUUGCUCAAGUCUUGAUUGCAAAGAGAUUGGGCAAAAAGAAAAUCAUCGCAGAGACUGGUGCUGGUCAGCACGGUGUCGCCACCGCGACCGCAUGCGCCAAGUUCGGGUUGGAGUGCACCGUGUUUAUGGGUGCUGAGGACACAAGACGUCAAGCUUUGAAUGUUUUCAGAAUGAAGAUUUUGGGAGCCAAUGUCAUCCCAGUCAAGAAUGGUACCCAGACUUUGAGAGAUGCCACCUCGGAAGCUUUCAGAUACUGGGUCUCGAAUUUAGAAACGACGCACUACAUCGUGGGCUCAGCCAUUGGUCCGCAUCCUUACCCCGUCUUGGUGAGGACUUUCCAAAGCGUGAUUGGCCAAGAGACGAAAGAACAAUUUAAACAACUCAACGAUGGCAAGUUGCCCAAUGCGGUUGUGGCGUGUGUAGGAGGAGGCUCCAACUCUACCGGUAUGUUUUCGCCGUUUGAAAAGGACUUGGAGGUCAAGAUGUUGGGAGUCGAGGCUGGUGGCGAUGGUCUUGACACGGCACGCCAUUCAGCCACGUUGACCGCAGGUAUACCGGGUGUUUUCCACGGUGUCAGAACCUAUGUUUUGCAAGACCACGAUGGCCAAGUGCACGAUACCCACUCUGUGUCUGCAGGCUUGGAUUACCCUGGUGUUGGGCCCGAGUUGGCUUUUUGGAAAAGCACAGGCAGAGCUGAUUUUAUUGCUGCUACCGACGCGCAAGCCUUGGAAGGGUUCAAGCUCUUGUCGCAAUUGGAAGGUAUCAUUCCUGCUUUAGAGUCUUCCCAUGCCAUUUACGGCGGUGUAGAGUUGGCCAAGACUUUGCCUAAGGACCAGCAUAUCGUGAUUAACGUCUCUGGAAGAGGUGAUAAGGACGUGCAAUCCGUGGCCGAGGUCUUGCCCAAGUUGGGUGAACAGAUUGGAUGGGACUUGAGGUUCGACGAGGACCCUUCGGAGAAGAAUGUAGUUUAG